UGCAAUACUGAACGUAUUGAUAAUCGAUUUCAUUUAGUGUCACCGCGUGGUACCGACGCCGCGACAUCGUUGGCCUAACAAGGGGCUGGGGAGGAAUCGAUUCCAACAUCUACGACCCGACGCGGCGUCGAUUCUUUGCCACCGUCAGCAUGGUGAGAUUCGGUCUUCAGCUGCAGGCCACCAUGGAGAACCUGACGGGACUCAGGCCAAGUGGAGAAGAUUUCCGAUGGUACUUGAAGUUGAAAUGCGCCAAUUGUGGCGAAGUUUCUGACAAGUGGCAGUACAUCUCCUUGCAGGAGAGCGCACCACUUAAGGGUGGCCGUGGCAGUGCCAGCAUGGUGCAGAAGUGUAAGCUGUGCUCACGCGAGAACUCGAUAGACAUCUUAAAGGACUCCAUGAAGCCAUACAAUGCCGAAGACAGCGAAACCUUCAAGACCGUGGUCGUCUUUGAGUGCCGUGGUCUCGAGCCCGUGGAUUUCCAACCGCAGGCCGGAUUCGCAGCGGAGGGAGCCGAUACGCGCACACAAUUUGGAGACAUCAACCUGCAAGAAAAGGACUGGAACGAUUAUGAUGAGAAAGCCAAAGAAUCGGUCGGAAUCUAUGAAGUCACCCACAAGUUCGUGAAGGCCUGAGGCCAUUUCAUGGGGGAAGAAAUGACGCAUUUGUUCUCGAACUUUUGAGUGUGUGCAUGUGUGUGUAUGAGUGUGUGCAUAUUGUGGGGAGCGGUGGUGUAGCGGUUGGCGCGCUGCGCUACGAACCCGGUGACCCGAGUUCGAUUUCUGCUCAUGGCCA